AUGGCUAGCAGAAACAGAAGAUACACAGUAAAUGAAAUCAUAUUAAUGCUUGAGGAUGAAGGUAACUUUGAAAGGGCAGAUAUACAUGUUCAACCACCUCCUGUAGAUGAACUGACAGAUGAAGAUAGUGCAAGUGAAGAUGAAGAAGUAGGUUACAACAACCUCAGUGGACGUCAGUUAGACCAACAAGCAACAGCGACAGUUAUUCGCCUAGAUGGACGUCAUGUUGUUGAUUCAGCACCAGACUCCGAUCUAGUUACUCCGCGUCCCAAACGACCUGCACCAGUAAAGAGGAAGUGGGAAAAUAAAGAUCUACCUGAGCAAGAUAAAGACAGAUUCACUUGGCAUGGCUCAAAUAUAGACAAAAGUCGAUGGCCGCAAACACCAGAUGGCAUCUUCAACUUAUUUUUUGAUGAUGACGUGAUCAACAUGAUUGUUGAACAGAGUAUAAGAUAUGCUGGUUCAAAAGGCAACCAUUCGUUUUCAACUUCACCCCAAGAAAUUAGGAUCUUCCUAGCAAUUCUGCUUAUAUCAGGCUAUAACACUGUGCCAAGACGGAGACAGUUCUGGAGCCGGGAUGAUGACGUAAGGAAUGAGGCAAUAGCUCGUACAAUGCCGCGAGACAGAUACGACAUAUUGGUGCGAUAA